AUGGCAGAAAUAAAUCUGCGUAAGUUUCAUGCAUCGGCUAUUGCCCGUGCACUGGAGCAAGUGCGGAAAGCGCGCACCGGCGAAUUAGAUGCAUCUAAGGCUGAGCAGCUGCUGAAGUCCGCGAACUCCCAUUACGAGCGCAUGCUUGCAAACCACGAAGCGCUCCUUAGCGCCGCCAAGGAAGAGGAGUGGGAUGUGCAUGCCGCAUGGUGGGAUUCGACGGAGGACAUGUACAACGAAUUAUGUGCCAGUCUUAUGCGUUGGGGUGUGACUGCUGGUGAUUCGUCCGAGGUUCCCAGCAAACCCGAUGUCGAUUCAAUGAUGGAAUUAAAGCUGGAGCGAUUAAAUAUUCCGACCUUUGACGGCGCAUUACAUAAUUGGUUGGCAUUUAAGGAUGCGUUCGAGACUUUAGUGCACAACCGAGAUUUACCCAUCGCAUACAAGCUCGGUAAAUUGCGGCAAGCUGUUCCAUCCUCAGCGGUGCCGUUAGUUGGUGGUCUCUACUCUGGCGGUUACGAGGAACUGUGGGCAGCUUUGAAGAAGCGGUAUGACAACCCCAAGCAGUUGGCAGAAAUUCAUGUGGCGCGUUUCCUUCACCUUUCAUUGGCAGCAGAUGAAUCGGCAAAGUCUUUGCUGAAUAUAGUGGAUGUGGCUAGCGGUUCUUUGCGCGCGUUAGCCGUUAUGAAGUUGCCAUUUCAACAGUGGGAUGCACUUACGGUACCUAUUGUGGUAUCAAAGCUACCUCCGUUAACAAAGCGCGAGUGGUGCAUGCACUGUUCCCCAACGGAAUUGUCUAGUUUAUCGGAUCUAAUGGAAUUCUUGGAGCAAAGAGCACAGAGUCUGUCGACCGAGCUUGUUCGGAUCGGCGAUGGUACAGACACAGUGUCCGGUCGUCAGCUACAGCGGUCACCAACCGCGCGCACUGUGAAAUGCAACCUUUCAACAGAGGAAGGGAAGUGUCAGUAUUGUCGAGGGGCACAUAGGGUCAUGCGCUGCCCAACUCUACUGGAUUUACCACCGGAGAAGCGUUUUGAGGCCCUUAGGAAGUCGAGCCUAUGCUUUAAUUGUUUGAGGUUGGGGCAUGCAUCUAAGCAGUGCUCCUCUGGAGGAUGUCGCCAAUGCGGCCGCAAACACAACACCAUAUUCUGUCGCGAACCAAAGCCUGCCGCGCCUUCAUCAAGGAUGGUAGCGGCUACUACCACCACCUCAUCGCAGCCGGGUGUACUAGUAGCACCGGCUCAACCUUCGUUAUGA